AUGAACAACUUAAUCAAGCGAGUCGUUUCCCUGUUCACUGUCCAACAACCUCAAAGGGACAUCGCCCCUCCUUCAGCGCAAUGGGAAAAGACCUCCGAUGAGUCCCAGAAUAUGGAUCGUCCCAGGCCUGUCUCUGUCGUCGUCUCUCCCCCCGCCUUCGAUCUCGAUUCCUAUGAAUCCUUCGAUGAGGAUUACUUCAGACGAACGGUUGAUGAGAUUCUCUCCGAUCAGACUAGUUUUGAGAAAAGCUUUGAUGAGUACUCCGGCGCUAAGAUGAUGGAUGGGACCUGUGAGAAGAGGGCUAGCAUGUCAAGGGAUUCUGGCCUUGGGAGCUCGAGGCAUAAGGCGUCCCCUUAUUUUCAGAGCAAGGUGGCUAGGAAGAAGUCUGUGGCGCAUAGGGUUAUUCAGAAGAUUGAGAGCUCAGAUGACGAAGAUGACUCAGAAGAGGAAGAGGAGGAUGAGGAGAUGCUGAUUUCGGAGAAAGCCAAGCGGUUUUAUGAUAGACAGAGUGGGAGCGAAGUGGUCAAACGGGAGAAUCCUGCCGAUUCUGUCGUUAAGAUUAAACUCGAGGAACUUGAGAAACGAGGGCUUCAUGUUCCGGAGGAAGAGGUCAGACCUGCUGCCCGGGCUCCUUCUGUGAUUGAUGUCGAUGCCUGCGGUGAUGAGGAGCUUGAGGAAGUUUCAGAGGAGAAAUACGUUUUUGCUUCUGUUUCGGAGGAGGAACAUGACCGUCUUGUUAAGUUUCUUCUUGAUCAUUCUUUUAUGCGCGAAGGCGCGUAUCCAGUGAAACGGUCCGCACGGCGCAGGUUCAUAAGUGAUGUGCGACGGGAGGCUUCUAUCUCUGGCAUGGAUGAAGAUGCCCUGGGUGUGCUCACAAAGUGGAUCAAGAAGACGUAUCUCGAAGUUUGCAUGGUUGCCGACGCUGACAAGGAAGGUUCGGAAUUCGGUGAUGAGAUUGAUGAUGAGAACGUGGCUGAACAUGGGUCACGAAGGAAAUCGAAGAAAGACCGAAAGAGAAAAAGGACUAGUAUUGAUCAGGCAAGGGAAAAGACCAAGACAAAGAAGACGAAGAGAUAUGACAUUUCGAUGGUCCCUAGCAAACAAGACGUGCGAGAAGUCAUAAAUAUUGAUAGCGACGAUUCCGCGAUUACGAUCUCUAAGUCCCCUUCCGCGGACAUCCAAGUUUUGGGAAAGGCCUCAGUGACCCAGUCCGAUCUCCAACGCACGCCUACCUCCCAUCGUGUUCACCACGAGAAUGCAAAACCUGGAAGAGCGGUCAUUGAACCUGUUACUCCUAUAACACCAACUGCCCUUUCAGGGCAGAGAGGCAAUGAACGGACCAUCCCUAGCAAGAAGUUACCGCUGCCAAGGCCUGGAUAUCAUAAUUCCACCCCUAAUAAGAAUGCCAAUAGCAACGAGAGAAAUCUUCGAGUAUCCCAAAAGUGUACAUCGCGGAACGACUCGCCUAAGAAGCGCACCGUCUCUUCUACCGCAGAACUCCCGAGCUCACUUUCGAAGACUGCCAAAUCGCCAAGCAAAAUACCAAGUAUUGCGGAAAGUUGCGAAAGGAAGAAGAAGAAGAAGAAGAAGCGCGAAAAGAAGGAUAGAAAGCGAGGAGUUGCUCUUCCCGUCUUGUUCAAAGUUUUUGAGCGAUUCCCUACUGUCGAAGCAAUGGCUACAGCGGACACCUGGAUAUGUCACCCACCGAAAAAAGAUGAAAGAUAUCGCAAACUCCACUACCCCUGCAAAUUAGAUGGACGAGAUAUCCGGCCACAAGAGUGCAUUGAUGAUGCAGACCCGCGUGUGGCCUGGGAGGUCGCACAUCUACCAGGGGUGGGGGCUUAUUCUCUGGAUAGCUGGCGAAUCUUCUGCCGAGACGAACUUCGAGGCCUAGCCAAAGAUUGGAAAGGGUCUGGUGCAACUAAGCCAGACUUUGUUCCGGAGUGGAAAUCAGUUCUGCCACAUGACAAGGAGCUGCGGGCAUAUCUGACCUGGAUGUGGCUUAAGGAAGGUUGGGUAUGGGAUCGUCAGACAGGACAUAGAACUCGAGCUAGUGAGAAGAUGAUGCGAGCUGCACGCCGCGGCGGAGUGGCCCUUGAAGAGAAUGGGAAUUGGAUACUGGAGACAUCGCCAGUAAAGAAAGCUGCGAAUGGUCUGACUACGUGGGAUUAG